GAGAGACACAGCAUGUCGCACUGCUGCACCUGUCUCGGCUGUUGCAGUGAUGGUCCAACCUUGAAAUCUGAGGGAAAGAAAGACCAGAAGAAAGGAAUCUAUUGAAAUUAUCCAUUCUCAAUAACUCCUCUGUGCCACAAGCUCUUGCCAUGGCCAAGAAAAGUGUUUCUCAGACAAGUCGUGUCCUGUGACGGCUCUACACAACACAUCUGAGAUCUGCUUCUCCUUUGUCAACGGACCAAGAUGAUGCUUUGGCUGCUGCUAGUUCUCUCCAUUUGGGUGGGAUCUUAUCAAGCUGACUCUGCCCAGUCCGAACGGCGGGUUGUAGCACACAUACCUGGAGACAUCAUCAUUGGAGCGUUGUUCUCCGUCCAUCAUCAGCCUCCUGCUGACAAGGUACAUGAGCGCAAGUGUGGUGCGGUGCGAGAGCAGUAUGGUAUCCAGAGGGUGGAGGCCAUGAUGCACACACUGGACCGCAUCAACGCUGACCCUCACAUCCUUCCCAACAUCUCCCUGGGCUGUGAGAUCCGGGACUCCUGUUGGCACUCGGCUGUGGCUCUGGAGCAGAGCAUCGAGUUCAUACGGGAUUCACUAGUCUCUUCUGAUGACGCAGAGGAGUGGGGUGGAGGAGGCUCCUGGGGAGGGGGAGGAAAACCCAUUGUUGGUUUAAUUGGACCAGGGUCAAGCUCAGUGGCCAUUCAGGUCCAGAACCUUCUACAGCUGUUCAACAUACCACAGAUUGCCUACUCUGCCACUAGUAUGGACCUCAGCGAUAAGAGCCUUUAUAAGUAUUUUAUGCGGGUGGUGCCUUCAGAUGCCCAACAGGCAAGAGCUAUGGUGGACAUUGUCAAGAGAUACAACUGGAGCUACGUGUCUGCUAUACACACUGAAGGUGGUAGUGAGUUGAGUCAGUUGGUUUACUGGUGGGAGAUAGUGUGA